GAGAGGCUUUUAUUUUAGCUUGACGUCGUGACGUCACGGAGACGGUGCGUGCUGCGUGCGCUGACGAAAGAUUUGGAUCUCCACAGCACAUGUGAUCAACAUCUGGAGUAAAGCUCAUCCCACAUUCGAAGUGAAGCUCCUCCCACCUCUGAAAUGAAGCCCCUCCCACAGCUGAAGUGAAGCUCCUCCCACAGCCGGAGUGAAGCUGAGGAGGCCAACAGGCAGAAAUCACUGUAAACCAUUGAAGGAUGGAGUUUGUCCGAGUGGUGAUUGGAGACGUGAGUGAUCCAGAACCAUUCACGAUAUUAAAGGAGGACCCCGAGGAACAAAAAGACCCGGUGGAGGUGAAGGAGGAAAGUCACGAGCUGAAUGAAGUGGAGGAAGAACCUCGUGCGAUCAUAAACAGCUCAGAGACUGAAAAUAAAAGCACACAGAAAACAGCACUGGUCUGUCCUCACUGUGGAAAGACUUUCAGACAGAGAGGUCAUCUUGAGGAUCACAUCAGGACUCACACAGGAGAGAAGCCUUACGCCUGCCUCCAGUGCGGGAAGAGCUUCACACACAAGGGAAACCUGAAGGAUCACAUGAGGAUUCACUCGGGAGAGAGACGCUUCUCCUGUCAGCACUGCGGGAAGAGCUUCACACACAAGGGAAACCUGAAGGAUCACAUGAGGAUUCACUCGGGAGAGAGACGCUUCUCCUGUCAGCACUGCGGGAAGAGGUUCACACAUAAAGCCAACCUCACGGAUCACAUCCGGAUCCACACGGGAGAGAAGCCGUUCUCCUGCGAUCAGUGCGGGAAGAGCUUCACACACGCCACCAGUCUGAAGACUCACCUGCUGUCUCACUCCGGAGAGCGGCCCUUCAGCUGCCAUCAGUGCGGACAGAGCUUCAUCCUAGCGGCGCACCUGAAGAGACACCUGCGGAUCCACACCAACGAGAGACCACACGUGUGCUCCUUCUGCGGGAAGAGCUUCCUGUGGCUCUGCUACUUCAAAGACCACCAGAAGAAGCACUCGGGUGUGAAAGCUCACGUGUGCUCCGAGUGCGGCAGCGCCUUCACGAGAGCCAGCGAGCUGAAGAUGCACCAGAGGACACACACCGGAGAGAAGCCCUACACCUGCUCGUGCUGCGGGAAGAGCUUCGCCGAGUCUGGAAACCUGAAGAAACACCAGCGCGUUCACACCGGAGAGAAGCCCUACCAGUGUCCCUCGUGCGCUGCCAGCUUCAGUCAGUUCAGCCAUUUACUGAGACACCUAAAACACCAGAGCUGUCCGAAGCUGACGCAGUUCCUCUUCAGGCCUCCGGGGGACCAGUCCUCCUCAGCUCAAACACUCACCAUUCACCCGAAGGAGGAGCUUCUGCCACAAUAACACAUCAGACUGAGACAUUUAUAUUCAUAUGAGAAGACUAAGGUGAAGUUUGGGAGCAGAAUGAUUUUUAUGUUUGUUUUUUUUUUUUUACAGGUGUUUCUUCUGCUCAUCAGGGCUGCAUUUGAAUAAACGCUUUUCUUUUUCUUUUUUAUUUAUCAAAAAAUUCUGAAAUAAGUACCACAGUUUCCAAAGAAAUAUUUGUCAGCACAACUGUUGAUGAUUAUAAUAUUAAAUCAGUAUAUUAGAACGAUUUCUGAAGAUCAUGUGACACUUUAUACUGGAAUAAUUAUGCUGAAAAUACAGCUGCACAUCACAGAAAUAAAUUAUAUUUUAAAAGGUAUUAAAAUAGAAAACAUUAUUUUAUAUUGUAAUAACAUUUUGCAAGAUUACUAUUUUUUUCUGUAUUUUUAAUCAAAUAAAUGCAGCUUUGAUGAGCAGAAGAGACUUCUUUAAAAAAACAUCACAAGUCUCACGGACUCCAGACUUUUGAGCGUUAGUGUACAUCCCGCUGACAAACUCUAGAAAAGAAAAAUAAUUGUAUUAAAAAUAAAACAUCUGUCGAUUACUGUAUCUUUUAUUAUAUCGUGUUUUGUCUAAACAGAAGCUGACAUAUCAAACAUCAUCUGAGUGUAAUGUUUAAAAGCAUUUCUUCAGAGUGAAGAUGAAUAGAUGAGAGUUGUUUUCUGUGCAAGAAGAGAAGUUUGGAGCAACGUUGGACACUUCAAAAAAAUAAAAGCUUCAGUGCAUCGCUCUGAACAAAAGACUUAAUAAAAGUGCAAUGCUUGUUCACCUUCAGAAA